AGGCUCUCCAUACAAUAGUCUACCUAACAGCAAGUGGCUGUGGACACCAGACUAAUGUGUUCUACUGAGUUCCCAGGCUAACUCUGACCUAGAGGGCCACAGUCCAGCACCACAGGGGCCCCUGUGGUAACACCAUAGGCUGACUUCUUGCUGUGUGCCAGGCUCUGUCAGCUUGUGUAUAUAUUUAGUCCCACAGAACUCCCACCCAAGUCUCUGAUAAGCAAAAUAGCUCAGUAUGUCAGCACCCAGACUCAUAGCUAAAGUGUGCCAUAACUGGGAUUUGAACCUAAGACUCUCGCCUGCUCUUUUCAGCAAAUCAGUUCCUUCCAAGUUGUGAGGAUCUCUAAGACUCCCUCGGAUGCCCCUAAGUUUCCAUGGCCCUAUGUCUGUCUCUGUCCCAUCCUUCAGAGACCAGUCUCGAUAGCAGCAUCUCCCCAGACCUGGUGUUGGAGCGCUCCGUUGACUAUCGUUAUGAAGGUGACUUUGUGGCUCUGGACAGGAUGGCCAAGUAUGAGCUCCCUGCACUGGAGGAGGGCUUACCCCAGCUCUACCCUCUGCGGCCACUGCAGGAGGACCGCAUGCAGUAUCUGCAGGUCCCGCCCACGCGGCGGUUCUCCCACGAUGACGCCGACGUCUGGGCCGCCAUCCCGCUGCCCGCCUUCCCGCCGCGAUGGAGCUCCGGCGGGGACCUGGCGUCCCUGGCGCACCUGGUGCCGCCCGCCGGGCCCGAGCGGCGCCGCGGCAGCCUGCCCCCGCGCCGCCCGCCCGCCCCGCCGAGGCCCUUCCCCGCCGCCCCCGACGGCGCAGAGCCCAGCGAGGCACGGACACCCCCGGGCGGCGCGCAGCGGAGUCCCGGGCGCAGGGCCGCACGUGCGCACGCGGUGCCGCUGCACACCGGCCUGAGCGCGUCGUGGGGCGAGCCCGGCGGCCUGCACGCGGCGGGCGACGGCAGCACCAGCAGCUUCCUGAGCUCGCCCUCCGGGUCCUCGGGCUACGUCACCCUGCACUCCGACUCGCUGGGCUCCGCGUCCUAGGGCCCUCCUGCGCCUUCCCACCGACGCCAGGCAGGCGGGGCUACCCGCGGGUCACAGCACCAAAGAUGCAAGCAAGCGCCACCAUCCCAGGGGUGGAGGGGAGUGGCCUCUGCGCCUCUCUCUUUUGGAUCCUUUCUUCUGGUAUUGGCUGGAGGGAUGAUAGGUGCCCUGGAUGACUGCACGGGGCACGGACCUGCUGUUGGUCCUGCGUGGCGCCUGCACAUUUACUACACCUCCCCCAACGCUGGGCUGGGGGUACAGGAAACUCUGGGACAGCACCACCAGAACAAAGUCUCCGCCUCCGAGAAGCUGAAACCAGAGCCACAGGAGUGCACUCGACUUUCCACUCUGUUCUGCAACCGCCUCACCCCAGGGAUGUGGCAUGCAGAGGGUUUCUUUAAGCACAGCGGUCUUUGGAGCCUAAACAAGCUCUCGGAGCUGGUCUCCUGUGACCUGUGACCUCAGUUUUCCUAUCUGAUGAGCAGGUGAUGAACAGCAUGUUCUAUCUCUCAGGGCCGUUUCAUGUCUCCUGGUCUGUGUGCCCUCAUCAUAGGGUGGACCAGAUGUGAGAGGUAGUCUAGGGCCCUUUUGGGGGUGGGGGUUAAGCCUUCAGCAUGUGACCCCCAGACCUCACAGUCUCAGUGACCCUUGCCCCCUUGGAGAUUCACUCCAUCUCAGCUAAGCACAACACCACAGGCACCACAGCCACUUUGACCCUCGUUAGUGUCCCCGUACUCGAGACCACCGUAUUGCCUGUCUCCCACCAUGUUGGCCACCUCUCUGGUCCCACUGGGAAGGUUGUGGAUAUCUGGUACAGAGAAUUAAGCAAGGAGGAAGUGGGCUUCCUUGUUCCAGUGCCCACCUCCAGCAGGCAUCGUCCCCCACCUCUGCAGGCAAAGUCCCCAGCAAGGGUGUCCUGUGCCCCACCCCCAACUGCAAAGGGCUUCUCUUUGCUUCCCCUCCUGGGCAGACCUCCUGCACACCUGGGCUCUGUCAGGGGCACAGGACUUCCCAGGAGAGACCCAGGAUAGUGAGCUGGGGCAGAGAGAAUAGGACACAAGCUGUGUUGACUUUGAACUGUCUCCAGGCCCCAUGGCCAGGCCCAUCUCUUCCUCCAGACAAGGUUCCAAUCCCAGUGAGUUUCAGUGACUAUCCAAUUCUAGGCUUCAGAGGCCCCUGAAGGUAAGAAAAAGACUAGUCCAUCCUCGGACAUGGGAGGGGCUGCCUCUGGCCAACGCUGCUGUGCCUUUAAGGACCGUCAUGUCACGUGGGGGCAGAGGCCACCAGCUAGCCACUCUCUCCUUCACCACCAUCCCCCAAAAUGGCCAAUUUAUCACCUUGGGUUUUCACUCUCUGAAUUUUUUAUCCAAUGGCAAUACUUGUGGGAAUGUAAUCCCCCUAAAUCACUCCUAUUUUUUACAAAACUUAAAGUGAAGACCCCAAGCAGAGGUGCCUAGAGCACUUCUCCACACUUUGUUCAGCCUCUUGGUUUGCUGCCACCGGUAAGGAGCUUGGCCCUGGGGUUACUGGUGAGGGAAAUCUGUCUCUGUACACACCACCCAGCCCAGAGUCAGGGAUCCGUUUGUAGUUUUUUGUUUUGUUUUGUCUUUUUUUGAGACAGGGUCUCCUUGUAGCCCCAGCUGUCCUGGAACUCUCUAUGUAGACCAGGCUGGCCUCGAACUCAGAAAGAUCCGCCUGCC